CGAGGGAGGGACAGGGAGGCGCUUCUCGGGGACGUUUGUCGCAUCCGCUCUUUGCUCUGCUUGCCGUCGGCUUCGGCUACAGAACAACAAGCCGAAGUUGACUCGUCGGCUGCCAAUCGCGGCGAAGAUAAGAUGCACCCGAAGCCAAACGUUCACAUUGAUCAUUCCUCCCUGCGAUGUGCGUAGGGUUCGAGCCCGCCUUCCUGCACGCGCACCGGCUCGACGUCCGUCACGUUAGCUGCAGCUCCGGUCGGCUGUGGAUAAAUCUUAGGCGUUGGUCCGCGUUUAUCUGACUUUGCAUCUGUGUGACGCCGCCCCUUAAGCAGCAUGGAUGAGUCGCAACGCGCGCUAGGCGGACACGACGAGCGCCCGGCGGCGACGAGCCAUUCGGGUGACGGCGCACGACCGGGCCCGGCCUCGGGAACCGCGGAGCACCUGGCAGUGAGCGGCGUGACCGGCAACGGCGCGGGGCCCGCGCCGGCCGACGCCCCUCCCGGCCCAGCCAAAGGGGGUCAGGCCAACGGGCGUCCUCGUUCCAGUUCCGCGUCGCUCGGCUCCCCGCGGCCGUCGCUCGGGCGCCGGCCCAGCGCCUUGACGGAGAUUCCCGAGGGUGCGGCCGAAGAGUCCAAACCUCCGGACUUCCUGAUGCUGGCCAUCCUGUCCUGCUUCUGCCCGCUGUGGCCCAUCAACAUUGUGGCCCUCACCUUCUCCGUCAUGUCUCGCAACAGCUUGCAGCAGGGGAACGUGGACGGCGCCCGCCGUUUGGGCCGCAAUGCCAUGAUCCUCUCCGUGGUGUCCAUCUUGGGAGGCGUCGCCAUCAUCGCGGCCGCCAUCGCACUCAACCGCGAACUGAUUUUGAAAUCUGGAUAAGGCAGCAGCGCCCACUUCCUGUUCCUGCACGUCGAGCAUGUGCCUGAUGUUCUACCUCCGGCGUGGGAAUCCUUGUUGCCACAGAGGACGUUAGGAAACGUCUUCUGCGUGAGCGACAAAAGCAUUUUUCGCAUUUGAAUGUUUACAAAGUCGGAGGCCGUUCCGUUGGCGGACGGACGAGCUGAAGUCCCGCUGCAUGUUUGCAACCUUUGACCGCGGAAUGCGGUGACACAUUUUUGCCACGCGGUCUCCUUCCGAUCGUCACUUGCAUGCCGGUUGCUUGACUGACGGCCACAGACGAGGAGCACUCAGCUAACGUGAAAUUCAUACCGUAAUAAUCGCAAUCACCAAAUGAGUUUAUGUGCCGACUCGACGCCAAUGUGCCCGUUUUCGCUUUUGGAGUACAAAUGGACUCCGUCAAAUGAAAGUUGACUUGCUUGGAUUUGUCCGCAUUUUGAUCCAGAAAACAUGUCAUGAAGUUUUGAAUCUUCAAUGAUGACAACUUGAGUUUGUAUUGUGACCCCCACCCACCCAAAAAAAAAAAAAAAUAGACCUGAUGCUAGUUUUGUUUUGAUCAACUUGCCUUUUUUUUUUUUUUUUUUUUAAUCCUGGAGUAUUUGAGUUAUACUCAUACAUUGCCACAGGAACUGUUUAUGAUGGGGGGGGGGUCAGCUCUUCUUUGUAACAUGAUCUUUGUAUUUUGAUUGUUUCUUUUAUUUUAUGUAUUUAUUUUUACAUCCAUUCAGCUGCUUCCUGCUGGCUCCUUCUCAAAUAUCACAGAAUGUUUUGUCAAUGCAUGGACAUUUAUAAGAUUUCAAAAUAAAGAUCACUUUACAUGCGACUGCUGAUCAAAUCACUUAUUCACGAUUAGUGUAUGUGUGUGUGUGUGUGUGUGUGUGGAGGGGGGGGUUCAAUUUUCAUUCUCAAAGGGAUUUUCUUGGUUUUCCCACCAACUUGGGGUUAAACCAAUUAUUCGUCUAACAACUCCACCUUGACGCCGACUAAAUCAACGACGUUUGUGUGACAGGUCUUCCAAUGGACAGAUGACCUUUGACCCGCUCAUCUGACAACAUUGUCAUAAAAAAAAAAAAAGCUGCUGGUGGAUGAAUGUAGCAGUCAGCCUCAAGUUUUGGAUGUUCCCCAUCGCUGCUCGUAAAUAAUUACAAAUCAAAACUCACAGCGGCAGGUUGAGAGAAUUGGCAACGGAUCGGCCGGGCCACCCAGCAACACGUACGCCAGUGCGCAUACGACAACGCACCAACAUCACAGUUGCAAGACUCCAAAGGCAAAACU